AUGGUGAGUUCACUAGAGCUACUGGACAGUGGUCUAAUGGCGAGUCCACCAGAGCUACUGGACAGUGGUCUAAUGGCGAGUCCACUAGAGCUACUGGACAGUGGUCUAAUGGCGAGUCCACUAGAGCUACUGGACAGUGGUCUAAUGGCGAGUCCACCAGAUCUACUGGACAGUGGUCUAAUGAGCUACUGGUGGUCUAAUGGCGAGUCCACUAGAGCUACUGGACAGUGGUCUAAUAGUGAGUCCACUAGAGCUACUGGUGGUCUAAUGGCGAGUUCACUAGAGCUACUGGACAGUGGUCUAAUGAGCUACUGGUGGUCUAAUGGUGAGCCCACUAGAGCUACUGGACAGUGGUCUAAUAGUGAGUCCACUAGAGCUACUGGUGGUCUAAUAGUGAGUCCACUAGAGCUACUGGACAGAGGUCUAAUAAGCUACUGGUGGUCUAAUGGUGAGUCCACUAGAGCUACUGGACAGUGGUCUAAUGGUGAGUCCACUAGAGCUACUGGACAGUGGUCUAAUGGUGAGUCCACUAGAGCUACUGGUGGUGUAAUGAGUACUGGACAGUGGUCUAAUGGCGAGUCCACCAGAUCUACUGGACAGUGGUCUAAUGGUGAGUCCACUAGAGCUACUGGACAGUGGUCUAAUAGUGAGUCCACUAGAGCUACUGGUGAUCUAAUGGUGAGUCCACUAGAGCUACUGGUGGUCUAUGGUGAGUUCACUAGAGCUACUGGUGGUCUAAUGGUGAGCCCACUAGAGCUACUGGACAGUGGUCUAAUGGUGAGUCCACUAGAGCUACUGGUGGUGUAA